AUGUCUUCACCGCCACCGACAACAACACCGCCGCCGACGACAACGGAACCGAUAGCGGAGACCCCCAGCAGUGGUCGACCGCAGAGACAAAGACAGCGACCGAAAGCGUUGCGCGACUUUAAGGUCGGCGAAGAAGCGGUGGAUCCGCCGCCACCGCAGCCGCAGCCGAAACGGCAACGACGACCACUGCCUCAGCCGAAGACACCGCGAGUGACACCACAACAGACACCGCAACCGAAACCACCGCCAAAGGCACCGAAGAGUGGCCGCAAAGCGUCGGCGAAGUCGGCGUCCGUGGCUGUGGUGGAGGACACGAUGCGCGCCAUCUUUGACGACUCGCAGCGCGUGGAUCGACACCCGGAGUGUCUGCAACGGCUGAACCGACUGCAGGCCCACUACUCGGUCACCAACGAGUCCAUCACCGACUAUUACAAGGAGUUGGUCCGCAAUCUGAAGUACACGUUAUGGGUGCCGGACAACCGGUCGCCACACGCCUCCAAUAGCAUUGACUUCUUCGUGCGAUAUCUGCUGACAUUCACGGCCACACCGGACGCCACCGCUAUCAACGGUAUGGCUGCGGCCAACGGCGCCGGCGAUGGCUUUCUGAUGAUGACCAGCGACGAAGACGACGAGGCGCGGCACGAGUUCAUCGACGCUAUGCUCGACGAUGUGGUCAUACCGUAUAUGAAUAACGCCAAAGUCGAGUGUCGGAUCAAUUCGUGUAAUUUCGUGCGCAGACUCUUUGACGAGUUGCUGGACGUUAGCGAAGACAUCUACGAGAAGAUACGCAAAGCGCUGCUCGACCGCAGUGUUGACCGUUUGGCCAACGUUAGGGCGGCGGCUGUCCUCGCGUUGCAUCGCUUCCAGAACACCACAGACGCCAACGAUUUGGUCAUUCAAGCGAUUCAUUUCCAUCUGAAGUCCGAUCCCGACCACGAGGUUCGACAUAAUUGUCUGAAAGUGAUGGCGCCGUCGACCGAGAGUUUGGCCUGUUUUGUCGAUUCCACGCGUGAUAUUAAAGACUUCAUACGAAAAUCUGCAUACAUACAAAUCGCUGACAAACUUGCGAUCAAAUGCUUUACAAUAGAGCAAAGGCUAACAAUACUGAAGAAUGGUCUGAAAGACCGGAGUGCGGCCGUACGCAAAGUGGUCGAAUCGGUUCUGAUCCCCGCGUGGGUCAAGAGUUGUGACAAUAAUCUGAUCCAAUUGUUGAUCGCUUUGGACAUUCAAACCGACAUCGAUUUGAUUGAGAAAAUGCUUGACAUUUACUUCAAACACUUGAAUCGGGAAGUGAUUGGCGAAGAGUCGUCGCAAACAAAGUUCACGCAAUUGGUGGACGAGUUUCGCGACCAGAAUCUGAGGGCCGAUCGCGUGUUUAGCGUAUCGAUGAAUGUGGAGAAUGUGUUUCUGUGGCGAUAUUUAUGCCAAUUCUGCAAAACAAAUGGCAUUGAAAACAAGGAUCUGAAGGCAGCGACUGUUGACAUAAGUGUUGCCGAUUCUAUCGCUGAUCCCAUUGUCGACGGCGAGCAGACAAUACAACAAUCGAUGGCUACGAGCGAUGAGAUGCCGAUCGUUGAUAAUUCUAUCGUUGAUAAUCAUAUCGUUGAUAUACCUAUCGUUGAUAUACCUAUUGUUGAAAUGCCUAUCAUUGCCGACGUGUCACAAACCAAUGAUGAAACCGAAGUACAAACCACUGUUGAAUUGUUUGAUCUAUUAGUUCCAGACGUUCCCAUAUUCUGCGCUUACCUCGAAAAAUAUGUACACAAUGUCACCGCUCAACACCUGACCAUCGCUGACGCACUCGACUUUGAAUUUAUUUUCAAUCAAUUUAUGAAAGUGUCGCUACUUUUAGACAUUGGAGACGACGCCCAAAGAAAAAUUUUGGUGCAAACAAUGCGCUCAAUACUGAUUGACAAUCAAAUCGGCGACAAAUUUCACGGCUAUAUCACUCCUGUGAUGAAAUGUUUGGCCACAAACGGUUUCACCGAUGGUAACGCUUAUCUAGACUUUACGGUCGAAAUCAUUAGCGACAUAUUCGCCAGCAUUGAGUCCACAGCCGAUGAGAACGAGUCGAUAGCCGAUGAGACCAAUCGUGAACUCGAAGACAAGCGAAACAAAUUGAACGAAGAGUUGUCGAAAUGGAAACAAGUGGCCUCGUCGCCGGAGACCCUCUACUCAGCCAUCUAUGGCUUCGAGUCGACAGAAAUACUGUUGAAACGAUUGCAACACUUGCUGUCCGUUCCUCACGAAGACGUUGUCUUUCAAGUGAACAGAAUUCUGAAGAAAGUUCGAUGA